GGUGCCUGGGCUGCAGGGCGUUUGGAUGCAGUGCUGCUUCUCAUGUGUCCCCACUUUGUGCUUCUCCCUGCCCUCUGUGCCAGGUGCACCUGUGACCCCGAGCCAUGUCCUGCUGCAAACCCUGCGACCCUUGCUGCCAGCCCUGCGGCCCCUGCCCGCUGGCCAGCAGCUGCAAUGAGUGCUGUGUCAGGCAGUGCCAGAGCUCCCACGUUGUCAUUGAGCCGCCUGCUGUGCUGGUGACCCUGCCCGGCCCCAUCCUCAGCUCCUCCCCACAGAACACCGCCGUGGGAUCUUCUACCUCUGCUGCUGUUGGCAACAUCCUCAGCUGUGGCGGAGUGCCCAUCAGCUCUGGGGGCUUUGACAUCUCCUGCAUCACCAACUGCUAUGGUGGCAGCAGAUGUUGUCGUCCCUGCUAAAGCUGCUGGCAACAUCCUCAGGCAAGAACCUCCAAGCCCUCAGCAUGUGGAGCUGGAAUGAAGACAGAAUUUUGGGACAUUAAAUGUAGGACUUAUGACUUUUGUUUCCUUCUUGUCUUCUCUUUUUUCUCUUCCAUUCCUUUCCUGUCACCAGCACUCAGUGCCCGCCUAGUGGGACCUCUAGGCCUUCCUCCUUCUUUCUGUCUGGAGGGCAGGCAGAGGGACACCCCAAAUGCA